AUGAGGGAAUCUGCUCAUGACAUCAACAUGGAUACAUGGAAGCAAUGGAUACUCGAAGCGAUUUCGAAAAUCCGAUCUCAGAAACAGCGACCGAGUGUGCAAAGAAUAUGUCAAGCCAUCGGGACGCAUCAUAAGUUUCACGAAGAUAUCGUUGCAGAGAAACUGGAAAAAGCAGUCGAGUCGGGAGCGGUGAUCAAAGUUUACAAUAAAGGCUUACAUUCCUAUAAGGCUCCAAUGGCCAAAAGGCGAAUUAAAGUUGACAAAAAUACAAAUCUCUACAAGGUCGUUGCCAAGGCCGUCAAUGAUUUGGGGGAAUGUGAAGGAUCUACUAUAAAAAAUAUUGAAAACUAUAUACAGAAGUUUAACUGUAUCGAUCUGUCGCCCGAUGUGGAUUUUAAAGCCGUCAUCAAGACAUCCAUUAAAAAGGCCGUUGAUGCUGGUUUCUUGAUACAGGAAGGAAAGCUAUACAAAAAGGGAAAGUCAUUGACAACACCGAGAAAAGCAGCGCCAGAAACAGAUGUACUUAUCAAGGGCGAAGAGACUUGUGCACAUUGCUCGGGCAACGCUCAAAAGAAUCUCAAUGGGAUUCCAGAACCACUAAGCUCUUGUAAACAAUGUGGAAUAUCAUUGCAUACGACUUGUGCCAACAUCGCGGGCAGAUGCAAGUCUCAAUCAUAUGUGCUUCUCUAUAUGCUUGUUACGAAGGGAACUUUAUGGAACUGCCAAAAGUGUGCUGAUUGCGCAGUGUGCAAGAUACGAAACCGAGGACCAUGUCUACUGCAAUGUUUCGUUUGCAAAAAUCACUUCCAUCUGACAUGUCUGGACACGAUUCCAGAUAAGAAGCCGAAGCAUCCCUAUCGAUGCAAAGCAUGUUUGAAGCAAAAUGUUGACAAUCCCAAAUCUGUUCGAAGAGAUAGUUCCAGCAUCAAGUUUGAACUCGGAAGUGAAAGAGUUAAUCAGUACGCCAAUUCGUCGCAGAAAGCUUAUACUAAUUGCAAGCGACCGAUGAUAAAAAAUGAACGUUUCAUUGAUAAUCCAUCAACGUCUCAACAAUGUAACAAUAUAGUGGGCGGCAGUAAACAAAAGAAAAAGAAUUGCGCCAUAAUUAACAAAUUUGACACACAAAUUAAGCAAAAGAAACCAAAUUUUCAACGUGAACAAAUUGCAAAUCAACUAAGCCGGAAACGAACAUAUUCGGAUCUAUCAUCAUCAACUUCCUCAAGUGACAGUGAAGAUGAAGAGGACGAUGAUGAUGAAAAGAAUGCUGGCUGCGAUGAUCAGGAUGAAAGUUCCUCAUCAGAUUCUUGCACAUCUUCAAGUUCCGAGUCGGAUUCAAGCGAUAGUUCGAGUGAUAGCUCAGAAUGCGAUGAAGACAAUGAUGAUGAAGAUUAUGAUUCGGAUAGAAGUACUUUAAAGGAAAACAUUUUUGAGAAUGAAAAAAAGUUUGAUUUCCGAUCAUCAUCAAAUGAUAAAGAAAGUUUGCUGGAAGGCUCAUCAGAAAAUUGGGGGUUUGCAGCAGUGGCAAAAAACCCAGUUGACAACAAAUAUAAAAAUAAUUUCAAAGGCCUUAGUUAUACAAAAACUAAAAUAUUGGAUGGUGUCAAUUCUCAAGUAUCACCGUCUAUAGAACCAAUAAAGCCAAUAAGUGUAGCACCCAACAAAACUGUCGAUGCUGUAAAAGAGACUCCAGUGAAUCCAGGAAAAAAGAAGAUGGUUAUCUUGAAAUCAAUGCCUCUUGAAACUACAAAAUCAUUUUUAAAACAAGAUGAUGAUAUUCCAUAUCUUACUAAAGAGACAGUGCUGAAGUAUCGAAUGUUGAAUAAUGAUGCCGAUCAAUUUCAAGAUAAAACAAAGGAAAUUCUAAAUGCAAAAGAUUCCAAUACCACAGAUUAUGAUGAAUGCAUCGACAAUUUGAAGGAUCCUAGCGAUACUACAAUCAGUCAGACAAAAUUUGAAAAUCAACACUUACCACCUGGUGUGAAUCAAUUGGAUAUUGACUUGUAUCAAGAGGUAUUACAAAAAGCAGUGGUUAAAGUAUCAAAUAACUAUUGUGAAAAUCCGUUGGAGAAAAGUCCAUCACACCUGCAUUCUGGACAAAGUCCUAAAUCCAUAGAAAUUGGCAAAUGGAAUAUUGAGACUUGGUAUUCUAGUCCAUUUCCACAGGAGUAUGCAAGACUUUUGAAGCUGUUUUUAUGCGAGUUCUGCUUAAAGUACACAAAAAGCCGUUCCGUCUUGGACAGACAUCAAAACAAGUGCAUUUGGAAACAACCACCAGGCACAGAGAUCUUUCGUCAAGGCGAUAUAUCAGUCUUUGAAGUGGAUGGCAAUGUGAAUAAGAUUUACUGCCAAAACUUGUGUUUGCUUGCCAAGUUUUUUCUUGAUCAUAAAACGCUUUAUUAUGAUGUGGAACCAUUUCUUUUCUACAUCCUGACGAAAAACGAUCAAGUUGGCUGCCAUCUCGUUGGCUAUUUUUCGAAAGAGAAACACUGUUCUCAAAAAUAUAAUGUGUCGUGCAUUUUGACGUUGCCGCAAUAUCAAAGACAAGGAUAUGGAAGAUUCUUAAUAGAUUUUAGCUACUUGCUGAGUCGUGAAGAAGGACAAUUAGGCACACCGGAGAAACCGUUAUCAGAUCUGGGGCGACUUUCGUACUUUUCAUAUUGGAAAUCGGUUGUGCUUGAAUACUUGUAUAAAUACAGGAAUAAGAAAGUCAUCACUUUUAAGGAUAUAGCUAUUAAAACCGGUUUAGCUAUAUCCGAUAUUGCUUUAGCUUUUGAGCUACUUAAUUUUAUUAAAUUGCGUAAGAAUGAUGGCGACAUUCGAUACCAGAUUACGGUGAAAAUCGAUUGGAAAAAGGUUUUGAUGCAUCAUAAUAGAGUGGCGCAUAGCAAAACUCGAAUUAUUAUUGAAGCCGAUUGCUUGCGUUGGAGUCCAUUGACGUCAAUUUCCAAAUCGCCGACUAAUAACAUCAAGCCAAUAUCAAAUCGUGAAUAUUUGAGUUAUCAAUUCGAGGAUAAUUGUGACGAAAAAGAUUUCUUUAAAAAGAAAAGCGAGGAGCACGCAGAACCCCAAGUGUUUGCAUCAACUGAAAUCAUGAAAGAAACUUCUAAACCCAGUCUAUUGAACUCUGACAAAUUCGAUGAAGACGUCAGUUUUUUGGAAAAAACUUUGUGCUACGCCGAGUCGACGCCUUCGACAUUCGUUGAUUCCAAGAAGUGCAAGCGUCCUUUUGAAGAGAAGAUCGAGAAUUCUGAUUCAUCGGAUAGUAAAUAUUCCAAGAAAUCUGAGUCAUCUGAUUCCAAUAUGCUAACAAAACGGGCUUUGCGUUUGGCUAAGCGAAAGGACUUGGUUCCACACACAAACAAGAGGAAACAUUUUGAACGUGACCACAUUGAUAAUAUGGAGCAUAACAUUUCCAAUCAUAAGGAUAUAUCAAUUACUGCUAAAGAAGGUGUUGAAAAAACUAUAGUAGCGGCAACUAUUGUCCAGGAAGUCGGUCGGGAUAUUAAGAAACAGGAGUCAAUUGACAAACCUAUUAAUAUUGUUCCCAAAUUAAGAGGGAAGAAAUCGAAUGGGAAACGUCACGAAGAAGACAGAGCUGUGGAGAAUAUCUCUAAUGAAAUUGCAUCAACUGAUUGCGAUAAUGACGAGUCAAUGAAAUCCAUUCCUGAGGAAGUUGUUAAUACUGUUAAAGAACUACCAGUACAACAGGCAAAGGACAAUGCGAAACAAAUAAAUAACCCUGAGCAAUGUAACGAGCAAGUUUUGGAUGCAGUUGCCAAGAAAACGAAGAAAACAUUAUUCUCCGAUACAAGCUCAUACGAUAAACAAAUUAUUGAACCCAAAACUGUUGAUUGCAAGUUGGAGCAGAAUCCUGUGGUUGAGUCCAAGGAUGUAAUAAAGGCUGUUCUAGAAAAUGCAGCACCUGUUGCUGCUCCUUCUGUUGCUGCUGCUCCUGCUGUUGCUGCUUCUCUAGCUGCUCCUUCUGCUGUUCCUGCCGCUGCUCCUGCUACUACUGCUGCAGCCUCUGCUCCUGGUACGGCUCCUCUUCCGGCUCCAAUUGCUACUACUCCAACUGCGGUUGCUUCUACAACUCCGACAAAUGUAACAGCUACUCCGGCUACAACUCCCACUGCUGCCCCAGCUACUCCGACUGCUGCGCCUACUGCUUCAGUGUUAACUGGAAGCCCUGAGAUGUUAGAUGGAAACUUAAAGCAUAAGAACAACAUUGCAGUUGCAUCAGAAAAAAUUGAGACACUUUUGCCAGUUGUUGAGAAAACGGAUUCAAUGCUGGUCGACAUAAAAGAACAGCAGCAACAUAAAAACAAUGAUAUGAUUACCAACUUAGAUCAGAGUUUAAAGAACUGUAGUCAGCCAAUUGUUUGCAACGCCGCAGCAAUGAGCAUCGAACCCAAACAAGUUACAAAUGAUAGCUUGCAAACCAUUACAGAAACUAUUACGGAAAGUAAAGACACCAAUACAAAAGUCGUUGCUACUCCUGCAGCAGUUGAGAUCAAGAAACCGGAGCAAGAACAGCAAAAGUUAUUAAAUUCCAAUGAAGCUGUAGUGGAACAAACAUUUUACAAUGAAGUUAGCAAGGCAACAAAUCCAGCAAUUAAAGAACAGGAAAUUGCGGAAAAGCCAGUAAUUGCUCCUACAAUGCAAGAAGUGGAUAUGAAGCCAAAAAUUAAUAAAAAAGCAAUUAUGGAAACUUCGCAGCCGAAGCAAGAAGUCGUCAAUAACGUUGGCAAGAAACCCGAAGCUUACUACUCAAAUAAAGUGAACUCCAUGACCGACAAAGAGGCGAUGAAGCAAACUCAACUUGUGCAGGUCAAGGAAGAGGAUAAAUCCAAUGUUCGUGCUCCGUCAACAGCAUUGCCAAUUAGAGAUAAAAUCCAACUAAAAAACAAUGAUCAUGCCCAGUUACAAAGUUUAAUUCCAUCACAGUUUCCCAUCAAUCAAAUGCCCAACUAUCACCACAUUUCACAGUACUGUCAGUGGGAAUAUUAUGGCUACAACAUAAGCAAUUUGGAACCCUCACAAAAGGAUAAACAAUUCCAUAAAGAUCUGGCUACAAUGGCCUACAGAUAUAAUUUGGCUCAGAAUCAUCCUUAUCAAUCUGCAAUGCAUGCGCAUCAUCAGAUCCAUCAUCCCAAGGAUAAGCAAAAGGUAGAGCGCAAGAAUAGCGUUAAAAAAGAUGAUAUGUCCAAGACGCAAAACAUCAAUGCGGUUAACACUGUCAAUGCUCCUAGAGACGAUGCUCAUUUAACCAAUUGCAAUGAGUACAAUCUGAAUAAUCAAGCUGGCAACUUUAAUCAGAAGUGCGCCACACAACAAAAACAGAUAAAUCCACAACAAAUUAAAUCCGUCAGUAAUGCACAAAAUCCUGGACCACGCCAUGCCAGUGCCACUCAACCGGAAGCAACUAUUCUGUUGCCCAGCCGAGAACCAACUGGUGUGCCUCAGAAACAAAAACCAGAUCACAAUGUGAAUGCCACUUUGGUAACUUCGCGCGAAGAAAAACUGAAAAUUGCACAACCAAUUAUACAGACGGGAUCGCAUGCAAACUUGCCAGUUGGGAACCAAGCAGAUGUCAAUACCAACAUGACAUACAAUGCAGAAUCCGCCACAAAUGCAUCCCAGAUUCAGCACUAUGACUGCGGCAUGAAUGUGCAGAUUAAUAUGGAAUCCCCGGCACCCAUUGGUGGUACUAUCAAUCACGCAGCGGAGAACAAUAACGUACACAUGCACCGUCAAUAUUCAGACUGCUCAAUGCAGAAUCAAUCAGCAACGACACCGAUGCACAUGUCCAUCCAGAACUCACACAUCCAGCAACAAAGCAAUAUUAAUAUGAAUUUAACUCCAGAAGGUUCACCUAAUUUGAACAUUAUAGGAAGCUCGCAGCACCAACAACAUGCUAAUAGGAAACUCAAUGUGCAGCCGGAUAUUGUGGCAAAUUCACCGACUACGUCGCACCGAGCACCGACCCCCAAGCAAAUUCGUAGCGGUAAUGCAUCGAAUAACGCACAACAACGUGAAACAAAAAUUCCAACAGCUAGCGCAACUACAGCACAGAAUACUCAUCAUCAGCACGCUCAAAGCUCAGCUGCGAAUAUAUCGAAAGCGCAGCAAGAUUCGUUGGGCAGUUUGCAGUUUACGCAACUAAGUGGGCAGCAUGGUCAUCAGCAAAACUUGCAACCAUUGGAUUAUGUACCCAUUCCACAAAUAUCGCAAAACUUUUCGUCGAAUCCAUCCAACUAUGACAUUGUUGGCAUGCCCACAAUGAUCCAACAAAGAAUGUCGCUAAAUAGCUCAGUUCAUUCCCUUUCCAAUUCGCAUCAACGUAUCGAUCAACCAACCUCGGCUUGUGCUGUCAACAACUUUUACUUGCAAAACAAUAUUGCAAGCAAUGAAACCGUAUCGAAUACACCUCGAAUCCCAGUCUCAAGCACCUUGGGACCACCAUCGACGGCUACGUCGAAUGACCAACGACAAGCAAAUCAUGAUUCCAUAUCAGUGUCCAACAGUUCGGGCACUACACCAGCAUUAGCUGGUGGCAACCUUUGUAGUCUGUCUAAGCUGCAACAACUAACCAAUUGUCUGGAAACGCAACCUUGCAAUACAUCGCCUGGAGCUCAGUCCAGCUUAACUCCCUCCCCACAUCAUCCGUUACCACCCAAUUCGAUGACACCGCCGCCGCAUUUGUUGAUGCAAAAUCGGAAUAUAUCAACUCCUCCGAAUAUGCUGCAGACACAAGUGGCUCCAUUGCAGUACCACAAAUACUACGCGAGCAACAUGAACAUCGCACCUAUCACAUCAUCGCAAAAUACAAACAGAAACACUCGCAACACGCCCUCAGCCCCCGUGCAACACACUUCAGCCGCCAUCGGUGGUAACUCCAACAAUCGCACUGCAAACGUGCACAUCAGCCCGAAUUUGAUGUCACAUUAUGGAGCUAUCAAUAGCUACCGAAUGUCACCACAGCAGAGUCCUCCCACAGGCACCUAUAGCUCGGGUGGUGAAUAUCCCAAUUCGCAGAUUCCCAUGCAAAUGGGUGUGAUGAAUAUGCAGUCACAGUAUCAGGAUGCCUGUGCCCUGCAACGGGCGACUCAACCCAAUCCAAUGUAUCCGACAUAUUCCCCUUACCUACCCCUAAACAGCUCCAUACGCAGAUAGUUAAAGAUCUGCAAAUCGGACUAACUAAUUUGUCUUGUUGUCUUGUAAAUGUAUGUGUUGUAAAUAUAUAAUUUCCAUAAUUUUAAAUAAAAACUAUUUAAGUAAAAA